GGGCACAGAGGGGAGCUUCUGGUCUUGCAUAAAGUUAUCUGAGUGCUGGGCGGUUAAUUUCACGGAAGACUGAUUUAACAAUUUCGUUCCUGUUUAACUGUCAGAAGAGAAGAGGAGUCAGCUGACUGACAGCAGCAGUGAGCGCGGGGUGGGGGGGUGUGAUCAAAGUUGUUUUCCAAGCGCUUUUGUGAUGGAACAUCAACCUAUCAUGAACUACCAAAACAGAAACUACGGAAUAGCCAAUCCCGGUUACAUCCCGGCAGCACAGGGGGCACCGGCAAUGUUCGCCACACCCGGAGCUGAAGGCCCCAGCGCUCCGCCGGCCAGUAUGUUCGACAGCAUGCCAGGCUAUGAAGGAACAGUGGCAGGAGGAGGAGGUGGAUUUCUGCCUCCUCCCAUGCCUGCUGUCCCAGCCCCUCAGCCUGACCCUGCACCUCAGCAGCCACACUGGAACAUCCCAUCUAUAACUGAAGACACUGCUCGGGAUGCGUUCAUCCUGUUUGCCUCCAGCAAGUGCUGCUACAGUAAAGCACCGGCAAAGGAUGGAGUGAUCACCAACAUGGAGGCAUUUAAUACGUACAGGUACCGCCUGGAAACCUUCACUGAGACGAGAUCUACAGAGUGGAGUCACGAGCCGUACAAUGGCCAGCCAGUGGAUGCCUUCGCCCAGCCACCUCCAGGGCCUUGGGAUAUUCCAGCUAAAAGCCCCAAUUUUUUUCUGGAUGGCAAAGAGACUAUCAAGGUCCCCUACACUUCAUCCAUGAAGCCCUGCCACGUUUGCCUGGGAAUGGGACGAAGACCUUGCAAAGACUGUGCUGGCGCUGGUAAUAAAGUUUGUUGGGUGUGCAAUGGGUCUGGGUACCGCCACGGAGAUGAUCGAUGUCACCACUGCGUUGGAAGAGGAAGGGAGAACUGCAGCCACUGUCAUGGGCAAGGAUCGAAACAGUGUGACACAUGUCAUGGAAAACAACAGCUUCUGGUCUACAUCAAGCUCACUGUGAAAUGGACCAACAACUCUGACGACUACGUUGUGGAACAGCUGAGCGGACUGCAAGUGGACAACCUUAGCAAGGUGUCUGGAAAGGAGCUUUUCAGAGACUCUCAGUACAUGGUGUACCCGUUGAUGGGCUUCCCAGACCCUUCAGUGGUGAGUGCCUCGCAACGCUUCGUCAAUGAACACCAGGGCAAGUACUCCCAGACGUCACGCAUUCUACAACAGCGUCAAACCAUAGAGCUGAUCCCUGUCACCAAGGUGACCUACCUGUGGAAAGAGAAAUCACACAUUUACUUUGUUUAUGGGAAUGAGUUCAAAGUUAGUGCAGACAACUAUCCUGCUACCUGCUGCUGUACUGUAAUGUAAUUGCAGUUGUUGUAUGUAUGAGGUUUUUACUCUCCAAUCCAGUGACUGUCUAAAUAUGUCAGUUUUAUUUACAAGUCAGCUCUGCUGUUUAAUGACCUUGGUGAGGGUUGAUGUUCAACAGAGUUUACACAGAAGAAUUUAACCCAUGAGCAAAUGUCAUGAAAGCCACAUUGUUAUGUCAUUUGUAUGCAUGCACCACAGAAAAAAAGUAACUGUAAUCAUAUUGUAUUCCCUGAAUCCUAAAUCUUAUUGCGUUUAUAUGACAGCAGUGAUUUUUAAAAUCAUUAAUCAAAUCAGUGAUUUAAUACUGACUAUUAUUUUGUUUUGCAGCAGUGCUAUUUUUUUUAAUGUUAAUAUGAAUUUGAACCCAAUCCGUUUGCUGUCAUGGCAACACUAAUUAUAUAUAUAUAUAUAUAUAUGUGUAAAUCUUUUUAUAAAAUGUGUGUGAUCUUGCGAGACAAAACAAAUGUAAGACGUGCUUUGCAGUAUUUCAGUACUCAUUUGAAUAAAUGCAAUUUCUCAAUG